CCCAGGGUCCUUCAUGAUUCCUCACCGCUCCCCCACACACACAGGCUACGUGCCCCCCCAAGGCUAUGCCCCUUCGCCUCCACCGCCCUACCCAAUGGCUGGGUACCCGGAGCCAGCUCCUCUCGCGGGGCCCGGGCAAGUGCCAGUGCCUGCCCCUGCCCCUGCCCCUGGCUUUGCUCUCUUCCCCUCGCCCGGACCCGGUGGAGUGCCAGGGCCUGCCGCUGCUGCUGCUCCCGCUGCCUUCUUGCCCCUGCCAGGAGUGCCUCUAGGCCUGGAGUUCCUGGUGCAGGUCGACCAGAUCUUGAUCCACCAGAAAAGAGAGGUAGUGGAGUCCUUGCUAGGCUGGGAAACCUGCAACCGCUAUGAACUGCGCUCCGGGGCUGGGCAGCCCCUGGGCCAGGCUGCCGAGGAGAGCAACUGCUGUGCCCGCCUCUGCUGUGGCCCCAAACGGCCUCUGCGUCUCCGCGUGGUGGAUCCCGGGGACCGGGAGGUGCUGCGUCUGCUCCGUCCUCUCCGCUGCGGCUGCAGCUGCUGCCCAUGUGGCCUCCAGGAGAUGGAAGUCCAGGCUCCACCUGGCACCACCAUCGGACACAUUCUACAGACCUGGCAUCCCUUCCUUCCCAAAUUCUCCAUCCAGGACGCCGAUCGCCAGACUGUCCUCCGAGUAGUGGGUCCCUGCUGGACCUGUGGCUGUGGCACAGAUACCAACUUUGAGGUGAAGACUCCCGAUGAGUCCCGCAGCGUGGGCCGAAUCAGCAAGCAGUGGGGGGGGCUGCUCCGAGAAGCCCUCACAGAUGCAGACGACUUUGGCCUGCAGUUCCCACUGGACCUGGACGUGAGGGUGAAGGCGGUGCUGCUGGGUGCCACCUUCCUCAUAGACUACAUGUUUUUCGAGAACGGAGCCAGCAGUGGGCCCUCUGCCCUUACCAGUUAGAGGCCACCACAGGGUGAGGAGACCAUCACCUCAACUUGAAUUCAAGAUGGCUGACUUUCUUGCCUAGCCUGGCGCCUCUUCAGAGCAGCCCCUUCCCACUAUGGACACCAAAGAGCAGAAAGGGAUGCCUGAGAAACUGGGGGUCUUGCACCCUGUCUCUCCCCUCUUCCUGAACUUCCUUUGCCUUUGGUCUGAUAGAAGGGCAUGCAUGAGGGCCCUUCCUCUGCCACCCCUACCUCUUAAUUCUGGAAGUCCCUCAGCGCACAAGUAUAUCGAAGCUUUCAAAGUUUGCCCACCCACUCACUCCCACCCCUUUUCGGGACAUCAGCGCCAAAGACCUUUGAAAUCCAGGACAUGCUUCUCCAACUGGGCUGGGGAUGAGGGAGGGUAACCGACCAUAAACGAAAGAUGUCACUGUCCCCCCAAACCAGCUUGGCUUCAGCCUCAGAUAGGACCCUCUGAGGCGAUCUCCACAACAACAGCCUAAGCCCCAGCGCCAAUUAGUUUCCCCCAGAGUCCAGCCCAUAGCUGGUGCUUGCUAUAACUUCUUGUGCCUUAACGAUCCCUUCUUUGUCUUGCCCUAGGAAGGGCCUGUAUCUUUAUAUAUUGUAUUGAUAUAAACUUUGUAACUUUUUUUUU